GUCUAAAUUUAAAGUCAUCGAUAAGAGUUGCAAUUUAUUUCUAUAGCGACUGUCAUUUUUACAUUGUCUAGACAAGAUGUUUCUGAAGGCGCUUCUGAUUGUUUGUGUUAGUUUAAGCCUUGUCCAUGGAUUUGAGGACAAAACAAUAUCUCAGUGGCUGACAGACAAUGGCUACAAUACCUUGGUAAGCCUUUUAAAGCAGGCUGGACUUUACAGUACACUAGACAGUCCAGGAGCAUUUACGCUUUUUGCACCAUCAGAAGCCGCUUUUGGAAAGUUGCCACAGAGUACAGUAAACGCUGUCACAUCUGACACUGCCACUUUACAAUCUGUCCUUAAAUACCAUGUACUAUCGGGGUUUGCAAUGGCUCCAACUAUACAUGAUGGUGACAAGAAACCAACACUCAAUGGUCAAGAUCUAACAUUCAAGAAGUUUCCAAAUGGGACAAUCUUGGUGGACAAUGCUGUUGUUAGCGCCUCCACUAACGACAUCAUCUUAAACAACGGAGUAGUACAUGUGAUAAACUCCGUCCUCUUGCCGAACACGGACAAGGUCGGAGAAAUCUUGUUAAAGAGAAACCAAGAAUUCUCUACCUUAAACAUGCUCCUCACAAUCACUGACCUAGAGCCGGCCUUGCUAAGCGGGGACGUCACCUUGUUUGCUCCAACAAAUGCCGCAUUUAACGCAAUCACUACCAGACUUCCUGAUUUCUCAGAUAACGGAGCACUGGAUGUAUACAAGCAGAUUUUGCUGAACCAUGUGGUCAACGGUACCGUUUUAUCCAGUGACCUAAAAAAUGGACAGGUGGUCACUACUCUUAGUGGACGAACAUUGAAAGUCACUAUCGAUUCAAACGGCGUGUCACUUACACCGACGGGAACCAGUACUUCAGGCAAAGUAACGGAAGCAGACGUUACAGCAGUAAAUGGUGCGAUACAUGUUGUCGACCAGGUGCUCAUACCGAGUGGUGUAAGGAGGAAAAGACGUGCUGUACGUCGUCACGUUUAAACGUUUACUGUUUAUCAUGUGCUGAAUAAAAUAUAUAUGAGAGUU